AUGAAUCGUUCGUUUUUUCUCCACUUCUAUUUUUUCUUCGUAUUCUGUGUUUUCAAGAUCAAAUGUGAUGAUUGUCCAAUUGUUAUCACAACUUGGGGUUCUUCCGGCUUUGAGCAAGCAACGAAAAAAGGUUUGAGAAUGGAUUUUUAAAUACAAAUUAAUAAAAUUUCGGUAUUUUGCAGCUGUGGAAGUUCCAGGUGAUAGAACUUUAGCAUUGGUUACUGGGUUGAGUGAAUGUGAAGCUUUGCAAUGUGAAACAACUGUCGGAUUUGGAGGAUCUCCAGAUGAAAGUGGUGAAACCACUUUGGAUGCAAUGGUCAUUGAUUCGUGAGAUUUUUAUUAAUUUUUAACAAUUAUCUCUCAAUUAAUAUACAUUUUCAAAUCCAGAACUAACAUGAGCAUUGGAGCAGUUGCAAAUCUUCAUCGAAUCAAAGAUGCCGCAAAAGUUGCUUGGGAUGUUAUGAAACAUACAAAACAUACACUUUUAGUUGGUGAAAGUGCAACAAAAUUUGCGAUUCAAAUGGGAUAUAAGGAAGAAGAUUUAUCAAAUAAUGAAACAAAAUUAUGGAUUUCUGAUUGGAAAAAAGCCAACUGUCAGCCGAAUUUUUGGAAAAAUGUUGAACCAAAUCCAGCAUCGAGUUGUGGACCUUAUAAACCAAUUACAAAACUAGUCGAGGGAACUUCAGAAAAUGUUGGCUAUGAUCCAACUGAGUGAGUAUUUUUUAAAAGAAAUAUUCAAAUAAAUUAUAAAAUGUUUUGCCUAGAAAUCCCUCACAUUUGUCUCACUAUAUUUUAUUGUGAAAAAUUGUAAACAUCUAUUCAACAUUCUCACAAAAAUUAUUUAAUUUUCUCAUUUUAUUGUAGAAGAUUUCAAACAAGAAAUUUUGUACAAUUUGUCAUUUCAAAGUCAACAUUAUUUUUCUAGUUUUCCCACGUUAACUUUUAUUUUUCAGAGUAAAUCAUGAUACAAUUGGGAUGGUUGUAAGAAGCAGUACCGGAUUCAGCGCUGGAACAUCCUCAAACGGAGCUCGUUUCAAAAUCCCCGGACGUAUUGGAGACUCUCCAAUACCAGGAGCUGGUGCUUACGCAACAGAACUUGGUGGGGCUGCAGCAACUGGAGAUGGUGAUAUUAUGAUGAGAUAUCUUGCUAGUUUCGCUGUCGUUCAACAAAUUGAAAUUGGCACGAAACCAAGUCGAGCUACAUUAAAAGUGAUUGGUCGGAUUUUGAAAGAUUAUCCAAAUUUCAAAGGCGGCAUUGUUGCGAUGGAUGCGAAGGGAAGAUUUGGAGCUGCUUGUGCAAAUUUUCCAAAAUUUCAGUUUGUCCUUGGCUUUGCAAAUGGUACAACAAUUGUGAAAUCUGUUCAUUGUAAGAAGUGA